UCAUCUUGGCAAAUGGAAGUAAUACAUACAUAUAGCAUAACCACAAAUGGGGAAGAAACUUUAUCACUUUCAAUCGAUGGCUUAAUUAUGAACAUGGAGGGAAACUAUGAUUGGGUUUGGUCCCAGCCAUAUUUUACUCCAAAUCCAGGAGAAUCUCUAUCUGAAAUGAUAAACUCCGUCACUUGUGGUCUAUAACCCAUCGUACAAAUUCCAUGAUGGAACUUCUGCAAACAAAUGGAGGUUUGUUGAGCCUUUCAAUAAGGGACAAUGACCUUAGCUAUUAUAAUUAGGCCACAGGCAUGAAUGUGAGAUUUUCGACCGUGGGCUCCCUCCUUUCCUUUUGUGUAUUUCUGAUUCUGAGACGCACACACCCAAAAAACCACAACCUGCUACACCAAUAUAUAUGCACACGUAUUCCUCAUUUCUUUGGUUUUUGUUUUAGGCUCCUCUGUUGCUUUUGCAGCGCUUGAUGGAAGCAGCUCAAGUUGUGACCAGUAAUGGCAAUGCCGAUGGUAACUACCAGUACGAAAUUAUCAGUUGGUUCGAUAGUGUAUCGAAGAACGCCGCCAUGGUCCAGACGGAGACACUUGGUCAGAUUCUUCAUCUCAACUAUGGUGUGGAGUACCUGAAAAAAUGGUUUGGGGACAUGAAGAUCCAGGACAUGGAUGCUUGUGCAUUGGAAUCUCUUUACGCCUCUUUAGUUCCUCUAGCCUCCCAUGCAGAUUUUGAGCCUUUUAUUCAACGAAUUGCAGAUGGGGACACUGCUCCUAUUCUCACCCAACAACCUAUUACUACUCUCUCUCUAAGCUCCGGUACCACAGAAGGGAGACAGAAGCUUUUACCCUUUACUCGCCAUAGCUCCCAGACCACCUUGCAUAUAUAUAGGUUGGCAGCAGCUUACAGAUCAAGGGUUUAUCCAAUAAGAGAAGGUGGAAGAAUCUUGGAGUUCAUAUACAGCAGUAAACAGUUAAAAACAAAGGGAGGAUUAACAGCGGGAACAGCAACCACCCACUAUUAUGCUAGUGAAGAAUACAACAUCAAACAGGAGAAGACCAAGUCAUUCACUUGCAGCCCACAGGAAGUGAUUUUCGGGGGAGAUUAUAAACAAUCUACUUAUUGCCAUCUAUUACUCGGCCUCUUGUUUUGGGAUGAGGUCGAGUUAAUCGCCUCAACCUUCGCUUACAGCAUAGUCCAAGCCUUUGCCACUUUUGAAGAGCAAUGGGAAGAAAUAUGCAGUGAUAUCAAGGACGGCACAUUGAGCUCAAGGAUAACACUGCCCAGGAUGCGAAAAGCCGUGUUGGAUAUAAUUUCUCCAAGCCCAUGUUUGGCAUCACAGAUUGAAGCCAUUUGCAGGGACUCCAAAGCUUCCAACUGGUAUGGCAUCGUUCCCAGGCUGUGGCCGAAUGCAAAGUAUGUGUACUCUAUCAUGACCGGUUCAAUGCAACCCUACUUGAAGAAGCUUAGGCACUAUGCUGCCUCGUUACCGCUAGUGAGUGCUGACUACGGGUCAACCGAGGGUUGGAUUGGGGUGAACUUGGAUCCUUGUUUGCCGCCUGAAGAUGUCAAUUUUGCUGUAAUCCCUACUUUUUCUUAUUUCGAGUUUAUACCCCUGAACAAAAAGAAGCAAGAUUUGACUUCCGGCACAGUUGGUUACAUAGAAGAUGAACCAGUCCCACUCUCCCAAGUCAAGAUUGGACAAGAAUAUGAGCUUGUCCUUACAACUUUUACUGGGCUUUACAGAUAUCGGCUAGGAGAUGUGGUGGAAGUGGCUGGAUUUCAUAAUGGGACCCCGAAAUUAAAUUUCAUAUUCAGGAGGGAGCUAAUAUUAACGGUUAACAUAGACAAGAACACAGAAAAUGACCUGCAGCUGGCGGUAGAAAGAGGGUCAGAGGUGCUAAACAAGUAUGGAGGGGAGCUGGUUGAUUUCACGAGCCAUGCGGAGGUGAUGCAUCAACCAGGGCACUACAUGAUUUACUGGGAAAUAAAAGGGGAAGUGGAGGAGAGGGUGCUAGGUGAGUGCUGUGGCGUAAUGGAUGCUUCUUUUGUGGAUCACGGCUAUGUUGUGUCCAGGAGAACCAACUCCAUUGGACCUUUAGAGCUUUGCAUUGUGGAAACAGGGACUUUCAACAAGGUUUUGGAUUAUUUCAUAGGGAAUGGAGCAGCACUUGGCCAAUUCAAGACUCCAAGGUGCACCAACAACCAUAUCCUCCUUCGAAUCCUUAAUCUUUGCACCAUUAAAAGGUUCCACAGCACUGCUUACAAUUAACAACAACACAGGCUUAUCUACCAAGUGCUCUUUAAUUUCACAUAUUAUUCCUUUUCUCUUCCCACUAUCAAAAAUACCAUCGAUUUCAGGUGUAAUAGGGAAAAAAACAUAUUUUAGAGUUUAGGUUGAUGCUUUUUCUUCUUCUUUUUUUUUUCAUUUUGCAACUUAGAUAAUUAACCUGCAUUAUUAUUAUUAUGAGGGAUGAGUGAAUGCUAAUGUCCAUUUCAGAGUGUUGAUGAUUGGAACCAAGCAUUCCAUUUUUAGUACAGGUGGAUGAUUCAUCUCUUCUGGGUAAACUGUAAAAUGAGAAGGAUUAUUGUUAUAUACUGUGUAAAAACACGGGAUGAGUGGAUUUUCUUUAACUGGGUAGAAUUUAUAAAACAAAUGAAUAAAGGGGUAUCUAUUAAUUACUCCAAACAGAUAGGAGUUGAACAGGUACGGGUGGUGGACACAAGUUUUACCAUUAAGACAACAAUGUGGUAGAUCCUGAAGAUAUUAAUAGCUUUUAUCUUGGAGAAAAAAGAAAAAGAGGGGCAUAACUACUACGGAAACUGCAUUAAUCAACGUGUCCCGGCUUUCCAUGUUUUAACAAAAUUUGACACACAAAGUUCUUUCCCAACUUGUUGUCAGGUCGUGUUUUGGACAGCACAAUGAUUUGGAACCAUACACGUGACUCACAACGUGGGGUGUUAAAUCUCUAAGCUCCUUGCUGUCUUAUAUAUUAAAGGGAUACUGCUUUAUUUUGUACUCCAAUUUUAUUAAAAAUAUAUUUUAAUCUUUUAUUUAAA